UCAGAAGAUGACGGAUACAGUGGUCGCGGAGGGACAAGUCAAGUUUAGAGAUGGAAAAAAGUGGAAGACGCGGUGGGUCGUGCUUCGGAAGCCCUCUCCGGUCGCAGACUGUUUGUCCCUCCUGGUUUACAAGGAGAAGAAGAAAGGGAGGGAAAAGGGCCGUGGCCACAAGGAGAGGCUCAAUGUAACACUAGAGGGGAUCUGUGGUGUGGAGCCGGGGCCGGGGUAUGACGGGGUAGCCUACACCCUCUCCAUCCUCUGCCUGGGACACACUCUAGUCUUGGGCUUCCACAGUCGAGAGGCCCUGCUGGCCUGGGACACCCGCCUCCGCUACAGCCUGGGAGAAGUCCACAGGUUCAGCGUCAAUGUCCAGCCAGGUACCAAACUGGAGAGCGGUCCCGCCUCACUCCACUUGUGCAACAACCUAUUGGUUCUCACCAGGGACUUUCCCCCGGCUGUCAUUGGUCACUGGAAACUGUCCGAGCUACGUCGCUAUGGUGCUGUGCCCAACGGCUUUGUGUUUGAGGGUGGAACUCGCUGUGGAUAUUGGGCUGGUGUUUUCUUCUUGUCCUGUUCAGAGGGAGAGCAGAUCAGUUUCCUGUUCGACUGCAUUGUCAGAGGCAUCUCACCCAGCAGGGCCCCACAUGGCCUCCGACCCGCCUUGCCAGCAGAUCCCACUGUUCACCCGUCCUCAUCAGAAGAGCGGAUCAACUUAGAGGCAUCAGAGCUGGAGAGGAGACUCAGCAUGCUGUCUCACUGCAGUCGACCGAGCAGCACAGCCUCCACCUACAGUUACAGCACGUCUGUGGCAGGGGAUGACCACAGCAGCAUCUCCAGCUCCUCCUCCAGCCAAUCAGACGCAAGCUACGGCAGCAGACUUCCUUUGUGGGCCGAGUCGACAGCUAGACCCCACCUCUCCACCGAGACGCUGUCAGGCUCCUCCGCACAGAAGAGUCUAACCAGUUCAGAGGACCGGCUUCAUGCUGCUGUGACGGGAGGCUCUGGGAUUUACCCGUCCUCCAAACAGGUGCUCCCUCGUGGACUCCAUGACAGCGGGCGGCAGAGCUCGUUAGACAGUGGAAUCGGUAUAGCCACAGGCAGUCAGUCGUCCUACUCUGGGAGCUUCUCAUCCUAUACAGGGAGCCUGGACACGGCUAGUCAAGGUGGAGGGGAGGAGUUUGGCUCAUUGGUCAGCCUACCUCCUUCUGCUCCCCCUCCUCCCCCUUCCUCUCCUCCUCCAUCUAUAGCUAUACCAGAGCACCACUGUAUAACCCCAACCUCCUCCUGCCCUUCUAGGCCUAGCUCUAGUGCCUCUAACAUGUCUUAUAGGCACAGUGAGGAGUACCAGAUCCCCAGCCUACUCAAACUACGGUACGACACCCCCAGGAGUCUGCUUCACAGCCUGAGGGAGUUGUCAGCCCAGGGAGGUGCACCUGAACUGGGCAAGGACAGGAGAAGCAGUGGGGGUGAUGGUGGUGAUCAGGGUCAAGAAGUGAGCGACAGCCCCACAGGAACCUCUCCUCAGCAGCUGAGAGCUCAGCAUCAGUCCAACAUGCAGCGCUCCCACUCCUGGGGCAGUGAGAGGGCGCCCUCUGUGGACAGUUUGGGGAGGUGCACACCCAGGCCCUUCCUGCUACCUGCCUGCCCCAUUUGUGGAGGAACACAGUGCAGUCACGGCUCAGACAACUACAUCACGCCAGAGCAGUGGCGCUCGGCCAGGAUGAGGGGCUUGACGCAGGUUGAUAACUCUUCACCAUUAGGGCUGUCAGCUUCUGCAAAUACACCAGACACAGUUCUCAGGUUAAGGGAUGAACAAGAUGAUGCUGGUGGUUUUGGGAACGGAAUGGCAGCUCUACAGAGAUCAGAGCCCUGUUUGCUACCUCCUCCAACUCACAUGCAAAGGUUGCACAGGCCAGCAUCAGUUCCUGAUUCCAGGUCAUCUUACGAGCAGAAGGAUUUGCCCAAGAUGGGUGACCUCAGACUGGAUGAACACCGGAUGUUCCAGUUUCCUGAAGAGGCUCUGUCCCUGGACACCAGGCUCCGUAUCGACAGCUCUGCUAAUUAUGUCAACAUCCCCAUUAGCCCCCUGGCGGCUAAAGCCAGCAGAGAACUCCUCUACAUGGAACUGGACCUGCAAGAGCCCAGCUCAGCCUCAGUUCCCAGGCCGCCCAGUGCUGUGAGAGGUAACACUUUGCAGCUGUGCAGACCCAAAGAGGGCUCCAGCAGGUACGCCCACCUUGACAUCACUGCCAUGGAAACAGCCCAGAAAGUGGGGGCGGAGCAUGCGCAGGGGAGGGAGGACAGACUGACUCAGCUGGAGAACAGGAGGAGAGGGCCACCCAACUGACCUCCCAAGUGACACUUCAGUGUAUCACUCAGA